AUGAAUAUUAAUCACGCGUUUCCGGAUAAAGAGGAAUCCGUACCUAAAUUAGAAGAAAUAGUUUCAUCAAGCAAUGAUUUAGAAAACUUACGCUCAUUUGAUAUACAGAAGUUUCAAAAAUUACUGGCAGAGCAACAACUUCAGUUAGUGAAUUUCUUUAAAGAAAUAAAAAAUAACAUUUUACAUCCAGAGGAUGUUUGGCCAAAAAUAAGACAUGGACAAAUGACAGACGAUUUUGAAACUUGGCAAAAAAUUACAUGCAUGGAUUUACAUGUUCCAAAAGAGGGAAAGAUUGAAGCAUCAUUUACUACUACAAAAGAGAGUAUAAACACUAUUAGUAUGUUCUUAGUUGGUGGCGGAGGUGGAAGUGGAUUUACCAUAAAUGCCACUAUUAGGGAUUUAUUUCCUCAGCGAACAACAUCUCUUCGGCUAUUUACAAUGGUAAAAGUAAGAAAUCUAGUUUAUGAAGAUGGAUAUGUUCGAACAACGAUUUUAGAAGUUGGAAGAAUCGGACAAGAAGAUUUGGGAACUACAUGCAAGACUAAUGAGGAAGCACAAUCAUCUUCUGCAAAAGCUCAGUUGGAUCAAGUUAUUGAUUUAUUUGAUGAUCUGAGUGGUAGGAUUAUUUCUGAGGAAGUUAUUAACACCAAGCAGCUGUCAAUUCAAGCAAAAACCAAAGCCCCAAAACUAAAUACUGAUGUUGGUUUCUCGUUAGCAGGAAAGAUAACAACAAGCACAACUGUCAAAACCACUUUUUCAGGUGGAUAUCGUCACAUACCCUAUUGUUUAGAAGACGGUUCAAAACUCCCUCAUUUCUGGGCAUAUGAAAAAAAUCCAAAAUACUAA